AUGGCUGCAUUUCGGAGAGCCAUUGCUCUCUACUCCGUCCCGCGACUGCGGCCGCAGACGGUCAGGGCCUCCCCUCGACCUCUUUACGCCGCCCUGACCCUUCCUCGUUCCUAUUCUACCACCGACCCUCGGAGGCAAUACGCCUCCCCAUCAAGCCUCCCAAACGCCCACGAUGCCGCCGCCUUCCUCUCCUCCCAGCCGGCCACGCCCCCGGCCGACCCUCAGACCCUCACCGAGAAGAUUGUCCAGCGAUAUGCCACAGAUCUCCCCCCUGGCAAGAAGGUCAAGGCCGGCGACUAUGUCACCAUCCGACCUCAUCGCAUCAUGACUCACGACAACUCGUGGCCGGUCGCUUUGAAGUUCAUGCAAAUUGGUGCUUCUCAACUCUAUGAUAAUCGUCAGGUCGUCAUGAACGAGACACCGGCAAACCUGAAGAAAUAUAAACAAGUGGAGGAGUUUGCUGCCCAUCAUGGUGUCAAAUUCUACCCGGCCAAGAGAGGAAUAGGUCAUCAAAUCAUGGUAGAAGAAGGUUGGACAUCACUCGUGCCCAUGAUCGAAGACUGGCAUGCUAAUGGAAGAACAGGACACGCCUGGCCAACAACUCUGACUGUCGCCAGUGACAGCCAUUCCAACCAUUAUGGCGGUAUAGGAGCGCUCGGUACGCCAGUUGUGAGAACCGAUGCCGCCAGUAUAUGGAUGCUCGACGUACUUCAGAAGCGAGCUCCUGUCCAAGAAACAUUCCUUGAAACACCUUGCUUUGAAACACUAUUCACAGUACUGCAAAGCACUCUCGGAGCGUCCGUUGCUAACGAACGAUAUGACAGAAUUCCCCCAAUUGCCAAGAUUACGUUCACUGGUGUCCUUCCCCGCGGUGUCACUGGGAAAGAUGUGAUCGUUGCGUUGUGUGGUUUGUUCAAUCAGGACGACGUCUUGAACCAUGCCCUUGAAUUCACCGGUUCCGACGAGACUUUGGCAAGCAUUCCCAUCGAUGCUCGCCUCACGAUUGCCAAUAUGACUACGGAAUGGGGCGCGCUGAGUGGACUAUUCCCCAUUGAUGAUAAACUCAUCUCCUGGUAUCGCGCCAAGGCCACGACUGCGGCCAUGUUGGACAGCUCCCUCAAGGAGCGCAUCAACCACGAGCGCAUCGACGAGCUUGUCAAAAAUAAACUAGUUGCUGAUCCGGGUGCAUCAUUUGCCAAGGAACUAUACCUAAACUUGUCAACCCUCUCCCCGUUCGUUGCGGGUCCCAACUCGGUGAAAGUUGUCACUCCAGUGAAGACUCUCGAAUCCGAGGACAUCCCUGUGGACAAGGCCUAUCUCGUUUCGUGCACCAACGCUCGGAGCUCGGACUUCGCCGCUGCCGCUCGUGUCUUCCGCGAGGCAGCCAAGGAUGGCCAGCCAGCCAAGAUUGCCCCUGGUGUCAAGCUCUACAUCGCCGCGGCCUCCAUCCCCGAGCAGGAGGCUUGCGAGGAGGCAGGCGACUGGCAAGUUUUGAUCGAUGCUGGAGCUCAAGUUCUGCCCCCUGGAUGUGGCCCGUGUAUCGGUCUCGGCACUGGACUUCUUGAAGACGGCGAGGUCGGCAUUAGCGCUUCCAACCGUAACUUUAAGGGUCGUAUGGGGUCAACAAAAGCAAGAGCCUACCUUGCUAGCCCGGAGACCGUCGCCGCCAGUGCUCUUCGGGGCAAGAUCGCCGGGCCCGGCUGGUACGAGAAGCCCGAGGGUGUCGAGAAGGUUAUCAUUGGCGAGGGCAGCGGUGAUCAUGUUGCCGAUAAGGCUCGAUCUGUGGGGGAUGCUCUCGAUAAGCUCCUUGGCGAGGUCGAUAGUAUGAUCGCCAGUGCUGAGGCAGGUGCUGAAGCCGCUGCAGCGUCCUCCAGUACGGCCGCGUCUGAAGGCGAAUCUUUGACUGAAAUUCUCCCCGGAUUUCCUGAGAGGAUCGAAGGCGAGAUCAUUUUCUGCGACGGGGACAAUAUCAACACUGAUGGCAUCUACCCGGGUAAAUACACCUACCAGGAUAACAUUUCCAAGGAGAAAAUGGCCGAGGUGUGCAUGGAGAACUACGAUACCGAGUUCGGCAAGAUCGCCAAAGCGGGCGAUAUCCUGGUAACAGGCUUCAACUUUGGCUGUGGUUCCUCAAGAGAGCAGGCCGCGACGGCCAUCUUGGCGAAACAGAUCCCGCUCGUCGCUGCUGGCAGUUUUGGCAACAUCUUCAGCCGCAACAGUAUCAACAAUGCUCUCCUCGGCGUCGAGCUGCCCAGACUCGUACAACGCCUCCGUGAAGUGUACAAGGACGAGGCUGAGAAAGCUCUGACCCGCCGCACGGGCUGGAAGCUGCUCUGGGAUAUUCGCCGCUCCAAGGUCGUCAUUACUGAGAAGGAUGGCUCGACGUGGGAACAGAAGGUCGGCGAGAUGCCCCCCAACGUGCAGGAAAUUAUCGCCUGCGGUGGGCUUGAGGGCUGGGUGAAGACUAAGAUCGCGGCUUAG